GGCUUAUCAAAAUUAGACUAGCAGGAAGUGCCCCCUAAUACUGAAGAACUUGGAGCCUAAGUCGUCCUGUUCUUUACAAUCCCUUUACUGAUAAUUCUUUGGAUAUUAUCUAACAUUUGAAGGAUAUCGAAUUACUUGGGAUUGUGCUGUCACCAUAAUGAGUGUCUUAAAUAAAGCUGCCAGUGUGGAUGUUCCUGACAUCAGUUUAGAGAACUUGGAUGACUUGCUGAAUGCCUUGACAGCCGAGGAAAUAGAAGAACUCAAUGGAGAUUUCGAUCCUGAUAAUUCCUUGCUCCCACCAUCACAAAGAUGCAGAGACCAGACCUCCAAAGUGGCCACAGGUCCUUUCAACCGACAGAAGCUCCUUCACUUUUUAGAGGAAAAGGCAAAGCAAGAGAAAGAUUGGGAAAACAGCGUGCCUUUCACCAAAGAAACUAAAGGAAAAAAAUUUGUUCCUAAAGAACAGGAGAAGACAACUAUUAAUGAAGACGAUGUUGCUGUUGAAACUGAGUGGGAUGAGAUAUUGACAGCGGCUAGUGAGGAGGAACUUGUUGAUUUGGCAGCUGUGCUUGGGUUUCACAGUAUGUUGACACAGACCCAGUAUUAUGCUUCACUAGAGGACAGGCCAUUACAUGAAGGUGGUUUCUCAGGCUAUGCCCAAGCCCAGAAACUGAAGAUCAUCCCUGACGAAGCUCCCAACAUGACUGAUGUGGAGGAGAGUAUCAAACAGUUGAAAGACAACAACAAAGAACUCAAAUCUUUAAAUCUCAACAACAUUAAGAACAUUUCAAUAGAGAGAUUGAUUGAGGUCUGUGAGGCAUUGAAAGACAACACAGUGUGUGUCCGCUUUGAUAUGGCCAGUGUUGGGGCCACAGACAGGGUGGCCAAGGCUCUGAGUGAAUCUCUGCGUGUGAACUCCACACUAAAGACAGUCAAUGUGGAGUCUAACUUCAUCUCAGGAGAGGGUAUUGUGGAACUCCUGAAGGCAGCCAAUGUCACACAGUCGUUACUAGAGUUGAGAGUUGCUAACCAGAAACCAGAAGUACUUGGCAAUAAAGUGGAAAUGGAAAUCGCCAAACUGGUGAAAGAAAACAGUAAAUUAUUACGUCUCGGCAUUCAUUUUGAAUUCCCAGUGGCCAGGAUUAAAGUUAAUGACAAACUAAAAGAAAAUCUUGAUGCCUUGAGAAAGAAAAGAGUUGGUAAAGAGUCAUCUUAAUGAUCCAGUCAUCCAGAUCAAACCACUGAAGUUAAGAAUUUAAUGCCUACAUAUGUGUACAAUUGUUCCUCUCUCAAGAACUGAUUUAAAAAAAAAAACAAUAUUUCAACAUUUAAUUUUAAUACUUGAAGCUCAUUAUGGUUAAUGUACAUUAGUUUUGUAGAUAGACAAUUUAUUUUAUAUAAACAACUUUGCUUUUAGCUAAUUAUUUUGUUACUAAUUGUUUUUUAUUAUAUUAGAACUUUUACUUGAAGAGAAUGUGAUAGUAUUAGCAUGCAAGUAUUACAUCAUGAGAGAAAUGAACUGAAAUUGGUCAACUUAAAGUACAUUUAAACAUAGGAUGUUUCUUUCAUUCUCUUUCAGUUCAGACUUGAAAACUUUUUCAUUUAAAUGCCAUUAUUUGACUUGUUUUUGUAUGUUAACCCUUAAAACGUGUGUGGCAGUUUAGCCUCUAAACAUCAGAAUUGUAAUUCCAUUUUGCUCAGCACUUUAAGGGUUAAAGAAUAGGAGGAUGUCAUUUAGAUAAAGGUUUUCUUGUUUUCUAUCAUUGGAAGUGGCCAAAAAGAAGUAUGCUGUGUUGUUCAAGUUAUAUUAUGACUGAAACUAAGUUAUACAAUUGUUUCCUAAAUUAAAGGAAAAGCAAUGAACAUUUUCAGAUAAAGUCUGUGAUAUUUUUUUUACCCAUAGGUUGUUUUUUUUUUUAAAGCAAAAAGAAAAUUGAAAAAAUGAAAUAGUUCCAAUUUUUAAACGAACAACUAUUACUUGUAGUUACAAAUGAUUUGUAUUUAUUUAGCAGUUUUUUUUUAUUGCUCUUCUGCAAAAUUUAUUUGUGUUUGCAUAAAACAAUCAAGAGACCCUGCUCCCAUAAUUCCCCAUCACCCUUUUGACUUUAUUUUGUUUACAAGGUUUUGAAUAUUUUAAAACUUAGAAUUCAAUCUCAGAGUGUGAAGCUUGUGGAAGUGAAGUAAUCCAUUGUACCAACACUGGUACAACACUUGUUUCCAUUGUGUAUGCUGUCCAUUCAAUGUUGGUUAAUCCAUGGUACAGACUUCUGUACGACUAUGAUAUUUAAAUUAAAUCUGAGAUAUGUAUUCUGUCCAGUCUUCUGUUUGAGUUGUAUCAGUUCAGUUGGAUUACAUCUGCACUAGUAUUGAUGUAUUUAUGUUUUAUUGGCCAAAAUAAUCUGUUUUUUUUUUUGUAUUAAGUACACGUUUUUCCUUUUAUCCAAUGCAUGGAUUUUUGUAUUUAUAUCUAGUUGUAUUACAAUGUGUUAGUUUCUUCUCAUCCAGUCCAUACAAAUAAGAUAGCUACAGAAAUAGAAGAUAUAUUUUUGAAUAUCCCUCGUAGUCUGGCACAUUGGGCGGCAAUAUCUUCUGUAGAAUUCAGUCACCAGCAAUGUCUACAGCCUCUUCCAAGCUGGUGCCACUGCACUGAGGUCCUUCAUGUAGGUGCAGUGCCAGGUUAUACAAGGACAUUCUUAUUUGUGUUUUUCUUGUAUUAGCCUCCAUCUUACUCCUACCCAUAGGACAUGUCCCCCCAAACCUCACACCUCUAUCUUUAUGAUAGAUAAUUGGCACAAAAUUUUUUUAUUUUUUUUUGGUUAAAAAUACAGUUGAUCUUUAUGUGUGUCAUCUUGAUAAAUUUUUAAACACCAUGACUAUUGGUAGUCUUUUUUGCAUUGAAAGAUAUCUUUAAUAACCUAGACAAUGACGUCCUUAUAAUUUUCUAAGACAUUUGGUUGAUAGAAUCUUCUUUCACUGUCUUGAGUUAAAGCUUCAUUGUAAACAUUUUUAAUGCUUAGACAUUAAUUUCAUGAAAUCAGUAGAAAAGUAAUAUGUAUGGUGACAUUCAUUCAUUGUGUUUUAUAGAUGUUAAACAAGGGAACUAAGAACUGUGCAAGCUGUUUUAUUUAUGUUUGUCAAUGGUGCUAAAAAGAAAUAAAUACUGUGCUAAUGUCUAUAAGAAUUUGUUAGCAAUUAUUAUUUUUGGAUGUCAUCUGUCUGUAACUUUUGUUGGGAAUAUGGAAAUGUGAACUGUGAAGCACUCUACGGUGAAAGUCAAGGGACAAAUUAGUGUUUGGGUAGAAUUCUGCUAUCUCCCCAUUCAAUGUCAAUGCAGUAGUUACUAAGUGUUUUAAGUCACACAGGGGUCAUCUUUGCCCUGCAGUCUUCUCUGUACUUUUUUGUAUUGACUAAAAUAUCAUCUUAUAAAGUACAACCACGGUAAUAGUUUAGCAGUUUAGAACACAAUAAAUUGGAACAUCAGCAGUGAAAAAGCUUAUAAGACUGGUUUCUAUUACCAAUAGAAUUUUAGAUUUUUUUUUUUCAUUCCAAAUAUAAAAUAAUAUUAAAGCUAUUUUGAUUUGAGUGCUCAUAAGUGACUAGAAUAAACAAAUGAAAAUAACAAUACAUUUUUAGAUCAUCAUCAAUAAAAAAAAAAGUUACAUUGGGUAUUUGUGAUCAAGUGCCUAACCAAUCAAGAUUCAAGGGAUUGUUUUCUGACUUAGAUCUUAAGAAAGGCUAGCUUUUAAUUGAGAAAAUAAAAUGUCUUUAUGUGUAUUGUAAAUUUUUGUUUUGUUUGGUGUAUACUUAAAGCCAUGAGGAAUAUUGUCUUUAAAGUAUUGCUUUGUUAAUUAUGUCUAAGUAUUUGCUGAUUCAUGCUUGAAACAACUGAUGCUUCUGCUAUAAGGUUGUGUGAUGUAUUUUCAUUGAAUAUGAACUUUUAAAGUUAAUCACUUUUAGUAAACUUUUCAGAAAAGAAAUCUCUUCAAUCUGUGUAUUUAUUAAUUUUCAUUUAUGGGUUUUUAAUUUUGAUACUAAAAUGUCUUUUUUUUUUAGUGAUAAAUGUUGAUGGCAACUUAUAGUUAUCUAUGUUAUAGGCACUCAUGCCACAAUGUUCAUUCUUAAGUAGUCUAGUCUUGUGACUUCAUUUAGAAUCUUGGUUUCUAAAUAUUUUUUUUUUUAUGUGUGUGAAAGAUUGUCUUUUUUAUAUCUUUCUAUUAUAACCUCUUACUUUUAAGGUGUAAUGUUUGUGUGAACCAAAACAAUCAUUUAAGAUAGAAUAGUGUUUCAAUUGGGAGGUUCUCAUCCUGUGUGUUCAUAACCUUAGGAAAGCAAUGUUCAAAAUCUCAUAUUGUAACUUUGGGGAAUUUUCAUCUGUAGUCUGCUGCUGGAUAAUCAAUGAGAUCUUAACCACUGGUUUGGAUUAUUAGAAAUGUACUUAAAUCCUGUGUACCUGUAUUGAUUAUUCCAACAACAUGCAGUUGAGAAACAUUUUGAGCCUUUUGAUAUUUAUUUGGAGUAGAAAAUUAAAAUUAGUUUUAUACAUAAUCAUUGGAGUAAAGUUGUUUAAAGAUGUUUAAAAAUAUUUAUACAAGUUUAUAGUUUGUUUUAUGUCACCUAAAAUGUGGCUUAUCGAAUUAGGCUUUUUUCUCUGACUUGAAGUUGUGAUGUUGCUAAUUUGACUUGUUUCGCUAUUCUGUUAAUCUGCAGUGAACAGAAAAUAAUUUCCUUGCCUCAUUUUAAAAUUCUUUUCUUUGAUUCUGAAACCAGAUCAAAUAAAUCUGAAUUUGGGAGAAUGAGUUAGAGUGUGUGGCGGAGAGGCAUAUACUACUUGGCUAACUAUCAAGGGACUUGCAUUAGCAUGAAAGAUGCACUAAAUGAAAGCAAUUUAAAAGAGAAAAAAAAAAGAAAUUAUAUCAGAAAAAAAAAAGUUUAAAUAUGGCUUACACCCCAGACCUUCCCUAGAAAUUUUAUUUCAUUACGAAAGGAUUAUUUAAGUUAUUUAGUUUAAAAUUGUGUAAAAUGAAUUAAAAACAGACAAAAAAAAAACGUAUGAAUAAUACACAUUCAGUUUUGUUUUCAUGCUGUUUCUGUAAAUUUCAAUAUCAAUGUGCAUUUAUAUAUUUUAUGUCAAGUUGGUAAGAGCCAAUGAUAGAUAUCUAUCUAAUAAAACUAGUUCUUCAUGAAAAAAAGUUAAACAAGCACAUUUCUUAUUCCAUAUGCUAGGAUGAAUUCUUACAAGUAUGGUGUUUAGUGCUUUUGGAGCAUGGAAUGGGUUGCCUGAAUCAGCCAGGAAAACCAAUGACUAAGCAGAGUUUAAGUAGUUAAUUAACAUGCAUGACUAGAUUGACACAUGAAAUGAGUAGGAGGUUAUGAUCUUCUGUUUUGAAAUAAUGUCUGUAAUUUAUAAGAUAAGAAGAUAAGCUACAUCCACACUUGUAGAAGUGAAAGCAUGCAAUAGAAAUAGUGUUCAGUUAAUUAGUUCAUUAAAUUAUAUGCCAUACUCUUACUUAAUUGGAGUAAAAACUUCUAGAUAAAGAAACUGCAAUCACUGGUCAGAGCUUUGUAGGACAACAAUUUCUGGCAAUGUGCAUGUUUAUUUUUUAAAUCAUUAAUUCAUGAUCAUGUGUAUUUAUCCCUAUGAUGACAUCAGUCGUUACUUAGAAUGUUGGGGCUGUGAAUGUUAGUGAAAUAGUUUUAACAUGGGAAUCCUAUUUAGGCAGUUCUUUUUAUUCCAAAAAAUUAAUCAAAUGAAUAAAAAAAAACCCCAACUAUUUCUGGUUUAUUUUCAUUGUUCAAAAUGACAAAAUUGUUGGACUGACAUUUUAGUAAUAGUUGAUGUAAUAACCAAGAGGCAUUU